ACCACAGUGAUCACAGUUUCUAAAUUGAGUCGCACAGCUUUCCUGUUACGUUUCUCACCAGCCUCACUUCAACCAGAACAAGAGCAGAGGGAGGAACUAAUGUGUUGUGUUUGGCUGCAGUGUUCAAUAAAGCACACACAAACAUUGUUUUUCUCAUCAGGUAGACAUGAACAACAGUGUGGAUUAUAGACCUGAGCCAAAUCUGGCUUAUGCUGUGGUGUUUGGAUUUGUUAUGGUGCUGGGUUUGCCUCUCAAUGCUGUGUCACUGUGGAUUCUGCUUCGCCGCCACAGCCUCAAAUCCUCCAAUGCCAUCUUCAUGGUCAACCUGGCGAUCUCAGACCUGCUGCUGGUCAUCUCCUUGCCCAUGAGGGUCUACUUAUAUGCCACAGGAACCUGGCCUCUGAGCUCAAAGGCAUGCAACUGUAUCACGAUGCUCUUUCGCAACAACAUCCGCUUGAGCGCCAUCUUCAUCACCUUCAUCAGUGUGGAUCGGCUGCUGGCUGUGGUUUAUCCUCUGAGGUCACGCCAUCUGCGAACUGCUUCCAACGCCUGGAAAUCUGUUGCUCUUGUUUGGCUGUUUGUGCUCGUGGUGAACAUACCAGAGGGAAUGGUCCUUGCAGGAAACUUGAACAACUCCAGUGAAUCUACCUGUUUUGAAUUUCGUGGACAGCAUCAGCAGCAGCAGCAGCAGCAGCAGGAGCAGCUUCGAUUAGCACUGUCAUACUUUCAGAUUGUGCUAGUGGUCACCCUGCUGACAGUCAACCUUGUGUCCACUGCUUUGGUGUCUUGCACUCUACACAGACGUCUCAAUGACUCUGCAAAGGUCAACAACAAGGUGAAUGUCAUGCUGAUUUUUGCCAUGAACUUGGUGAUGUUCACCAUAUGUUUCUUGCCUGUGUCGGUUGGUGUGCUUACAAUUAAGAGACAUGAGAUUACGCCUUUGGUAUGUCUUGCUUCUGUGAACUGCUGUCUGGAUCCGCUGUUGUACUACUUUUCUUUGGAUGCCUUCUGGAAGAAAAAAGAGGAUGUGGAUCUUGCAAGAGAACAGUAGACAAGGGACAAUCUAUUUUCAUGAGAUGGCAUAAAUUUCCCAAAGGAUCCAUAUCAAUCUUAUGAAUCUUUAUAUGAAUAGUUUGACAUUUUGGGAAAUAUGCUUGCUUUCUUGGUGAGAGUUAGAUGAGAAGAUUGAUAACAUGCUCAUGUCUGUAGGAUAAAUCUGUAGUUGGAGCAAGCAGCUGGUUAGCUUAGCUUAGAACAAAGACUGAAAGUAGGGGG